UUUUCAAGCCUUGAUUCCUGCAAGUGAAUCUCUCUCUCUCUCUCUCUCUCUCUCUCUCUCUCAGUUGCUCCGUUUGUCGUUGUAGGCCACCUGCCUCUUUAUUUCCUCACAGCAGCUACAAACAAUGCUUUCUUCGUUAAUCCCCAAGCUCUUCAUUUCCUCUAUAAAACCAUCACUACCUCAAAUCUCUUCACUCAUAAGAUUAAAUUAAACCACACAUUCUCACUUCUCUCUUAACCAUGCCUCCCAUCAAAAUCAACCAAUCGCCCAAUCCCAAGGCUCAAACUCUUACCUCCACGCCGUCGUCACAGGAGGCACGUCUCCUUGUUCGCGAAACCCUGCGUAUUAGCGCCAACUUGGCUUCUGCUCCGGCUCCGUCUUCUCCUUCUCCUGUAAUGUCUCAUCCUCCCUCUACUUCACCUUCUUAUUCGUUUGUUUCUCCGCCGCAGUCUGUUUCUUUGAUUGAUAAUGGUGGAAGAUUAGGGCUUAUGGAAGACGAGUUUAUUGAUUCCAGCUCGAGGUUGAUCUGUUGUGAGGAAAUUGAUGGCCGGAGAUGGAAGUACGUUGCGGAAAACGAUGGUUUUGGAUGUUAUAAGAAGAAUUCGAUUCGUGCCGUCAGCUUGCAUACACCACAAGCUCCUGUUGAGGAAAUGAUAUCUUUCAUAAGAACCUAUGUAGUGCCUGAAGGUUUUCCUCAUAGCGUUACUCCAUCAUAUGUUCCAUACAUGACUUGGAGAGCUUUGAAGCAUUUCUUUGGUGGAGCGAUGGGUGUUUUCACAACAAAAGCCCUUUUGAGUUCUGUUGGAGUCUCUAAAAGCCAAGCUAUUUCUGGUGCUGUUGCUGUCAAUUGGAUUCUUAAGGAUGGUGCUGGUCGUGUUGGAAAAAUGCUUUUUGCACGUCAAGGAAAGAAAUUUGAUUGUGAUCUGAAGCAGCUGCGAUUUACAGGUGAUCUUCUCUUGGAAUUGGGUGCUGGGGUGGAGCUAGCAACUGCAGCUGUCCCACACCUUUUUCUUCCUUUGGCUUGUGCUGCCAAUGUGGCAAAGAACGUUGCAGCUGUAACAUCUACAUCAACUCGGACACCAAUUUACAAAGCCUUUGCUAAAGGAGAAAACACUGGGGACGUCACUGCUAAGGGAGAAUGUGUUGGCAAUCUUGCAGAUUUGCUUGGAACUGGUCUUAGCAUAAUGAUUGCAAAAAGAAAUCCUAGCGUGGUUACUACAUUUGCCCUCCUUUCAUGUGGCUAUGUCUUCAGUUCUUACCGAGAGGUUAAAUCUGUAGUGUUGCACACCUUAAACCGGGCCAGAUUCAGUGUGGCAGUGGAUUCUUUUCUUAAGACAGGGCGAGUACCGUCAUUGCAAGAGGGGAAUACAAUGGAAAAUAUAUUCAGCUUUCCAUGGCUGAAGGAGAGGCCUAUUGUUCUAGGACCAAAAUUUAAAGAUGCCUUUCAAGACCCUAGUGCAUAUCUUGCAAUAGAACCUCUUUUUGAGAAAGAGAGAUAUCUAGUGACAUACAAUCCAUCAAAGGAUAAGGUUUAUGCACUGCUCAAGGAUCAGGCAAAGUCAGACGACAUUCUAAAAGCUGCAUUCCAUGCUCACUUGCUUUUGCAUUUCAUAAACUUGUCAAAUAAUAGCCAUUCUUCGUCAUGGAAGCAACAAGCAUAUGGCCAUUCAAACAAUAUUCUCUCAGCUACUGAUCUUGAGGCUCAUAUUGCUGACUCAUGCAAAAUGGUCUCAAAUUUGUAUGGUCCUUUUAAAAGUAAAGCUGCAGAACAGGGUUGGAGGAUGUCAGACUCACUUCUUAAUCCCGGCCGAGCCAGGAUUGUCGUAGCUUGUUAAAGCCGAAAUAUACCCUUCGAAACUUCUCUUUGCUCAUAGUCAAGAGUUGACCUCAAGUUAUCAAACGGCAUUCAAUACUGUGGACACGCCAUCUAUCAACCCUCAAAAACAUAUUUAGAACAAAGAGGCGAAUAGAGUACCAAUAGCACCAUAGGAACCAGGGGCUCAUUGAUGGUCAGUUCUCUUUGUUAUGCACCCAAAUACAUUGUUCAAUCUCUGCCCAUUCACAUACAAUCGAAGGUGGCAACAGUAAUGGAGGCAUGGAACUAGACCUCUAGCUUUGGAUGGCCAAACUAAAACUCCUUUAAGGCUUAUGAAUAGUGAUAGAUUUAAAAAAAAAAUACAAUAAAAUAAUUUCUUGAUUUGUAAUUUAUCAUUACUUAACUGAAAUAAAAAAAAAAUUCUUUUAACUUUCUAA